AUGAGCUUCGGUUCCUUCCUUAAGAAGGCCAAGGACGGCCUUAAAGAUGUCAAGCAGGGCCUGCAGGACCUGGACAAGGUCAAGGAGAAUCUGGGCAAGAUGAGCAUCAGCGACGUGGGCAAGAUCUUUGGCGGCGACGACAAGCACUCGCACACCCAUGACGGCGUCGAAUGUCACGAGGGCGCGUCCCAUGGAGAGUACGGCGCCAACCGCUACAGCUCAUUCGCCCCCGAGACGACCGGCCGUGCCAAGUGGUAUGUGGACGGCGCCUCGUACUUUUGGGCAUUGUCCAUGGCUCUUGAGGAGGCUCGAGAGUACAUCUACAUUCUCGAUUGGUGGUUGAGCCCCGAGCUAUACCUGCGGCGCCCACCGUCCCGCAAUAACCGUUAUCGGCUGGACCAUAUGCUCAAGGCUGCGGCCGAGCGCGGCGUCAAAGUCUAUGUGAUUGUGUACAAGGAGGUCCCGCAAGCUCUGACUUUAAACUCUGAUCAUACCAAGAAAGCCCUCCGGGCGCUUCAUCCCAAUAUCUUCGUCUUUCGGCAUCCCGAUCACCACCCCGGCAACGAUGUUGUCACAGGCCUUCAGGACUUCCACAAGAGUCUCAUGAAUUUCAGCUUCAAGAACUUCAACCUCGCCAAGGCCUCAGAAGAUGUCCUGAAGGGCCUCUAUGGCACUGCUGAUGAUGUAGUUCUUUACUGGGCUCAUCACGAGAAGCUGUGCCUGAUCGACGGCAAGAUUGCGUUCAUGGGCGGUCUCGACCUGUGCUUCGGACGUUGGGAUACUAUCAGCCAUCCGAUUGCUGAUGCUCACCCCGGUAAUGUGGAUGAUAUUAUCUUCCCUGGCCAGGACUACAACAACGCCCGUGUCUUCGACUUUGAGAACGUCGACAAGUGGGAGCAGAAUAAGCUCGACCGCAGCAGGUUCUCCCGCAUGGGCUGGUCCGACAUUGCCCUCAGCCUUACUGGGCCCAUCGUUGAGAGCCUCGAGACUCAUUUCGUGCAGAGAUGGAACUUCAUCUUCAACAAGAAAUAUAGCACCAAGGACCCUGGCAAGUAUGAGAGGCUCGAGGUUCGUAGCCAUCAGCGACAAAGCCACCACGGCCACGGCCACGGCCAUGGCAUGGCCUAUACCGCACAGAGCUUCCUCGAUGAGGGUACCGAGUACCUGAGGAAUGAAAUGCACCAGCGUUUUUCGCGCCUAUCGCACCACUUCUUUGGCGAAGAGGAACACGGCAGGCCACGUCGGUCGUAUGAGGGUCCAAGGGGCCAGCAGAUCCAGCUUACCAGAAGUGCCUGCAAUUGGUCUCUGGGUGUCAAGACAGAGCACUCGAUCGCCAAUGCCUACAUCGACGCCAUCAAGAAUGCCAGGUAUCACAUCUACAUCGAGAACCAAUUCUUCAUCACGGCCACAUCAGACAAGCAGAAACCGGUCACCAACAAGAUUGGCAAAGCAAUCGUCGAUCGGAUCCUGCGUGCGCACCAGUACAACGAGCCUUUCCAUAUCGUUGUCAUUAUGCCCGCCGUUCCGGCCUUUGCGGGUGAUCUCAAGUCUGACGGCGCCCUCGGUACCCGUGCCAUCAUGGAAUUCCAGUACUUCAGCAUCAACCGCGGCGGCUACAGCAUCCUCGAGACACUCCAGAAGGCCGGUGUGGAGGACCCUAGCCGCUACAUCACCUUCUACAACCUGCGCAGCUUCGACCGCAUCAACACCAAUACCCCAGGCGACAGUCAGUAUCGCCGCUACAAUUAUGCUGCCUCGCAGCUCUCGCACUACAGCUGGGAUUCCAUUGCCGCAUGCUACAUGGACAACGGCCCAGACCUCAACGCCAUCCCCUGGACCGGCCCACCUGAGAAGGAAAUGGAUGCCUACGUCUCCGAGCAGCUCUACAUCCACAGCAAACUCCUCAUCGCCGACGACUCCCUCGUCAUCUGCGGCUCCGCCAAUCUCAACGACCGCUCCCAGCUGGGCAAUCACGACAGCGAAAUCGCCGUCGUAAUCACCGAUGCGAACCCCUCUCUCGACACCACUAUGGCCGGCUACCCACAUCGUGCGUCCCACUUCGCGGCCUCCCUCCGUCGCUUCGUCUUCCGCAAGCACCUUGGCCUGCUCCCACACCAGCCGGUUGACCAGCCCGACCGCAACUGGACUCCUGUUACCCAUGACCCGGUCAAUGAGUACGAUUGGGGCUCGGAUGCCGACUGCCUCGUCGCCGACCCGCUCUCGCCCAGGUUCAUGGACCUGUGGCGCACGACGGCCCGGCGUAACACGGAAAUCUUCUCUCGCGCGUUUCACCCCGUGCCGGAUGACAAGGUGCGCACGUGGAAGGACUAUGAAGAGUUCUUUAGCAAGUAUUUUGUUAACCCCGGGGAGUCGGCGGAGAAGCAAGCGGAGGGGUAUAAGCAGGGCAAGGUGGACUACGGGCAUGUGGUCAAGGAGGAGUUCCCGGGCGGUGUGGAGGAGCUGAAGGCGUGGUUAAGCGGGGUGAGGGGGACCCUCGUGGAGAUGCCGUUGGGGUUCUUGGCGGAUGAGGAGGAUAUUGCUAAGGAGGGGCUAGCGUUGAAUAGUUUGACGCAGGAGUUGUACACUUGA